AAGUACUUUCAGAUGGUAUAAUAUUUAUUUGAGUAAAAACAAAUUAGUUUGCGCGCAUGUGCACAUAUAUUCUCAUAUAUAUGUAUAUGUACAUAUGUGUAUAUAUAGUUUCUUAUAGAUGUACACAUUGAGUGACAAUGACAAAAUAACAAGUAACCUUUGAAUUAGGGAGAUCAGUUUAACGUGCGUGUACAUAUAUUUACACAAUUUAUUGUACUGGAAAAUAUUUUGAAGUUUUGUAAAUGUCAUCUCAUAGAAAGAAAAAUAGAAAACGAAUACUAACAAGACGACCGCGACAUGUAAUUGGGAAAGAAGAAAAAUAUCGUCAAGAAAGGGAUAAGUCGGAUAAGGAAGAUGAAGUAUCAGAGAAAGAAGAAGAAGAAUGGUCCCUUCCUUUUCCCGUCGCUAUGUGGGAUCUCGAACACUGCGACCCUAAAAAAUGUUCCGGUAAAAAAUUGGUUAGACAUGGCUUAGUAAAAAUAUUAAGGUUAGGAGCUCGAUUCUCAGGAUUAGUUCUUACUCCAAUUGGUGAAAAGUGUGUGAGUCCCACAGAUCGCGAUAUCAUACAAGAUUAUGGUUGUGCGGUCGUCGACUGCAGUUGGGCACGUUUGGACGAUACUCCAUUUAAUAGAAUGAAAACUCCCAAUCCUCGUCUUUUACCAUUUCUAGUUGCUGCGAAUCCGAUAAAUUAUGGCAGACCAUGUCAAUUAAGUUGUGUAGAAGCUAUAGCUGCUACUUUGAUUAUAACAGGUUUUCCCGAAGAAGCAAAUUUUUUUCUUGGAAAAUUCUCCUGGGGCCACUCGUUUUUACAAUUGAAUGGCGAAUUAUUAAAGAAAUAUUCGCUUUGUACAAAUGCAAAAGAAAUUAUAUCUGUCCAAGAAAAAUUUCUCAUAGAUGCAAGGAAAGAAAAGUUAAACAGACAUGUUGUGUCAGAUUUUCCACCAACCGAUUCGGAAACUGAAGAGGAAGAAGAAGAAGAAGAAGAAGUAGGGGAAAAAGAAGAGGAAGGGAAAGAAGAAACUGUACCUGUAAAUAUUAUUUCCAAAAUAGACGAGCUAGUAAAGGACACGAAAAUAGUAUAAAAAUGACUCAAAUACAGUUGUAUAUACAUAUGUAUUUUCUUUAUAUAAUAAAAACAUAUUGGUUAUGA